UGUAUGUUGUCUUAGAAUAUUUAUUUAUUUUAAAUGUUACUUGAAGAGAAUCUGAAAUUAAGUUUGUUCACAAACUUUAAUGAAGUACAACCUAAUCUUAUUUACCUGUCUAUUUCCAGAUUCAGAUGCUCUUCUACUCAAAUGUCCGCUUUAUCAAAUGCAUCUGCAGAAAAUUGUUGGCUUCCGGCCGCCACUUGAAUACCUAACCACACAAAACCUCAUCUACUCGCCGGCAUACAAUUUUAAAGAUCGCAAUCGCCAUCGUCGCGAAAGCUACAGCAUAGUGGGCGCGCCAGAAGGUGAACGCCAGGAACUGGCAAUUGCCAGCGACACAGCGAGCGCCAUUUGUUGGCGGAUGUGUAGUGAGGAUAGCGACUGUAUUGCCUACGUCCAUCUGCUGGACUCAAACGAAUGCUAUGGUUAUUCGUAUUUCGAACGGACGACCCGCUAUCAGGCAAUAGCCGAUGAAUUGCCAUUGGUUGCGGAUGCUGAGGCGGUUUUCUAUGAAAAGACCUGUUUGAAAGUACCUGAAGUGUGCAAACAACGCAAAUGGACGCUUACAAAAAUUCCCGGUACGAGCUUGGUGUUUCAGGGAAAGAAAACAAUAGCGACGCUAGUUACGCGACGCGAAUGCGCCGAACGAUGUCUAUUCGAAAUCGAAUUCAAAUGUCUGUCCGCAUCAUUUGCGCCAUCAUAUCGUAACAAUCGUGAAAGAUUCAGUCAACAUGUGCCACAAGCAGAGCAGCAACAACAUCAACAACAUCAGUCACAACCCAACACAUUGGGACGUUGUAUACUCAGUGAUAAAGAUAAAAUGAUACAACCCGAUGCAUUCCGGGCUGCACCCUAUGACGAAGAAUACAUGGAAAAUCAAUGUUACGAGCGACCGAUCGAGAACGAUAGCUGUUCAUACGAAUUGUAUGCGAACAGUAGCUUCAUUUAUGCGGAAGCAAAAUAUUUGGGUCUAACCCAAAAGGAGUGUCAAUCAUUGUGCUCACAUGAAACGAAAUUCUAUUGCCAAGGCGUGUCAUUCUAUUUUGAGCGCGAUCUGACCAAUUCGGAAUGUCUACUACACUCGGAGGAUAUUAUAUCGAUGGGACCCCGCAGUCUGAAACUAAGAGAGAAGUCUGUCUAUAUGCGGCGUGUCAAGUGUUUAGAUGUACAGGUGCUGUGCACACAAGACGAAAUGGCCAUCAAAUAUACGCCGAAAGAUUGGUUUUAUGGUAAAAUGUAUGCCAGCAUGCAUUCAAAGCAGUGUAUGGUGCAAGGCAACGGCACAAGUAGCACAGUGUUACGUCUGCCGAUCGGCACCGAGGUCAAAGAGAAUCGUUGCGGCAUUUUGCGUGCCUACGAAGUCACCAAAGCAUAUCAAAGAAUUUUCAUAUCCGCGUUGAUAGUAAUACAAAAUAAUCGAAACGUGCAAACACAGGGUGAUCGUCUCAUCAAAGUCGGUUGCAUAAUGAGCAAUUCGACGAUGCGCAAGGAUGGGCACACUGAUGGACGCAAUGAUGAGGAUGGUUUGGAGGGUGAAGAUAUACCGAAUGCUAUUGCAUUGGAGUCUUCAUUAGAGUUCGCACAGCAGUAAGUCGCAUCAAAUAUUUGGCUUUAAACAAAAGAUUUUGUGUUUAAAAAAAUUAACUUAAUACUAGUUUUUUAU